AUGCGUCCAUCACUUUGGUCUUGUAUGUUAAUGGCGGGCUCUUGCCUGGCCCAGGGUGACAUUGCGGCGCUUCUGGCCUCCCAAGACGACCUCAGUACGCUGCUUGAGCUUGUUGGUCUCGUGGAUGGCCUUGCAGAGAAACUCGCAUCCGCCUCCAACAUCACCAUCGUGGCCCCAACAAACGAGGCCUUUGCGAAGGUACCUCGGGACACCCCAGAGGGUGAGGCCAUCGAGCUUCGCAACGAUACGAUUGCCAUUGGAGCUCUCCUUGCCAACCACGUCUUCAAGGGAGUUUACCCAGCAAGUGCCAUCACCAAUGUUCCCACGUUCGCCCAGACUUUGCUCGACAUCUCAUACAUCAAUGAGCGACAGCCUUUCUCCAACUUCACCAGCGGCGCCUACAAUGGGCUCGUGAAGAACGGAGAUGAUGUAUGCGUCCUGUCUGGAGAGCUGACUGUCUCUACCGUCACCCAAGCCGACAUCAAACUGGGUGAAGGCAUCACGAUCCACAAGAUUGAUACUGUACUUUCAUUUGGAGCCCCAUUCCAGCUCUUCACAUACCGGUCAGGAUACCUCGCCAUGAAUGCUGCGCUGGAGGCUGCUCAACUGAACUUCGCGUUUGGCGAGACCGAAGGUGGUGCAGGCCUCAAUAUCUCGGACUUUACCAUCUUUGUGCCCACUGACGAAGCCUUCAAGUCUAUUGGGUCCGUGCUUGAGUCGGCGAGCAUAGAAACGCUUCAAGAUGUCCUUCGCUACCACAUUAUUCCCAACAAUGUCAUCUUCUCGCCCUCCUUGGGCAAUGUUACCGUCAAAUCCCUCCAAGGCACCGACCUGACUUUUACUGUCUUGCCAGACGGAUCCGCCUGGGUGAACAAUGCAAAAAUCACCUUUCCCAACAAUAUCCUCUAUAAUGGUGUCGCGCAUGUAAUUGACAGUGUAUUGAACCCAGCGCAAUUUGACCGAGGCUCUCUGAAACCAUCUGCGCCGGCAUCUGAGCGAGUCGCCUUUCCCAACGCUUCGCCGGUUUCAAACCUGCCUUUCACAAGCGUCUCUUUCGCAUUUGAUCACAUGACAUACACAACCACGCCAGUGUUGCUUCAGACUGUCGCCGCCGUCCCUACCGCGUCAGCUAGUGCCACUACCACUAAGUCAAGCUCCCCAACUUCAGUUGCCACUGGGGCCGGUACUGGAAUUUUCCCCAGUGUGGUUUUGGCUCUUUCCGUCGCAAUGGGUAUCGCUGCGUUCCUUGUCUGA